AUGUUGGUAGAAUCCAAGAACGUAGAGCAACACAUUGCAGCUUCCAUUGCCUCGGGAGCCUCAGGCAGCACAAAGGCCAACGUUUUGCUCAAGAGUUACAAAAAUUUGCUCCAAAAGUACCAGUGCCUGGCUGUCGACUAUUACAAAAAGGAUACCGAAUCGAAAAACACAAUCAAUCAGCUGCUGAAGCACGUAGACCACCUGAACCAGGAGAACCAGCGGCUUAUGGUCGAAAAUCGACUACUCAACGAAAACAACCUGGAGGCGAUGGUAAAGCUGCAAAAGUCUGGAGUAUUCGACGUUGAGCUCGUCCAAGAGCUGUUCAAGGCCAUGACUGAGACCAAGAUACCAGUGACAAUCGUCACUGGCUUCCUAGGGACCGGUAAAACGACGUUUAUAAAGAGGCUGUGUGGCAUAUCACCAAAGAAGAUUGGCGUAAUCCAAAACGAGUUUUCCAGCGAGAUGGGAAUCGAGAGACCAGCGCUGUUGCAGAGCGGAGCAGAGCUCUAUGAGCUGCCAAACGGAUGCAUUUGCUGUAGCACAAAGGACGGGCUUGUCACUGCCGUGGAGUCAGUGCUCCAGUACGGAAUCGAGUGGAUUGUAAUCGAGGCUGCAGGGACUGCAGACCCAGUCGUACUCGCGGGAAACUUUUGGCUCGACUACGCGCUCGAAUCUCCACUCGUCCUCGACGGAGUCAUUUGUAUCACAGACGCUACGGUUCUGAAAACUCUUGCCUCUCCAUCCAGUGGAGAAAUACAUGAGCUGCUCAUCAAACAGCUCUCUGUAGCGGACCUAAUCAUCGUCAACAAGACGGACAUUCAUCCGCUGGAGGCAAAACUAGAAGAAAAUCUGCAAAUCCUAAACGAGUGCAAAAUCAUUAGUGCAGUAAAUGGAGUUGUGGACCUGGACUCAGUCUCUAAUCUCAACAUGUUCGAUCUCUCCAAACUCCUCAGGGCUACCCCUACAACACACGAACACGGGCACAGUCAAAAAUCGGCACUCGAAAGUGUACUGGUAAAAUCAAAGCAGAUACACUCGCUAACCCACAUCAACGACGCCAUCUCGUCACUCCUGUGGGACCAAGACAACAUCUACAGAUGCAAGGGUAUUUUCAGUGCUAAAAGAGAUUGUGAAAUGAUUGAUGCCAAGGAUGGUACAAACGGAACCUUUGAACUGCAAGGAGUCGGCAAGGUGUUUGAAAUCACACCCAUUCAUGCAGACGUCCAAGAGAACAAGUUCCUAUUCAUCGGUCACAAUAUCAACAAGGAUCAUAUCCAUAACCUUUUGACUUCUUAUUCAUACACAUCAACCAAAACUUAG